UGUCACAGUCACUACCAUAGCUGAGAGUUUAUCAUAAUAAAGUAAACUUUCUAUUUUCUAGUGUAUCUAGUCUACAUUCUCAUGAUUCUGCCAACUGAAUGACAUCUAGAUCUAACCCGCCCUAAAAUAAAUUACAUCUAAAUAAUCCAAAUUUACAUAUAACGUAACUCAUUAGAAAGAGAAGAGAAAAUGUACUUUGAUAGCAAUGCUACCACUGCAGCUGACAUGAAAUAUUUCAAUAUGCUAGUACUGAUAGUGCAAGUUUUUGGUGUAGCAUCAGUUGUCAUAACAGCAGUGUGGAUGGGUCAUUUUCGUGGUGGUUUUGCAUGGCAAAGUGAUCCUUCACAUGAGUUCAACUAUCAUCCGUUGUUUAUGAUCAUUGGAAUGGUGUUCCUUUAUGCAGAUGCUAUAUUAGCUUAUCGUGUCUUCAGAAAUGAUAGAAAAAUUUACAUCAAGAUUCUUCACGCAGUGAUGCAUGUAUUUGCACUCAUUUUUGCUGCUGUGGGAUUAAAAGCAGUUUUUGAUUCACACAAUUUAAGUACAGGUGGACCUAUACCAAAUCUUUAUUCACUGCACAGCUGGCUGGGACUAUUUGUUGUUGUCUGCUUUGGUCUUCAGUGGAGCCUUGGUUUCAUCUCAUUUUUGUGGCCGAAACUAAGUAUGGGAAUUCGCACAUUGUACAUGCCUUAUCACACAUUCUGGGGCGUAGUCCUUCUUGUUCUAGCCACGGCCACUGCACUCAUGGGCAUCACAGAGAAGGCUAUAUUUCACAAAGAUGACAUCCAUUAUUCUGCUUUGUCGACUGAAGCUGUCCUUAUUAACUGCUUGGGUGUACUACUGGUCUUGUUUACUGGAUUUGUCGUCUACCUGGUAACUAAACCUGAAUACAAACGUCAACCUUCACCAGAAGAAGACCAUGUUCCACUCGAAAAUUAAUGAUUUGUGGACCAACCCUGAAAUCCUCAUUCAAUUUGAUGGUAAUGGCAUUUCCUUUUUUAACUCUUAACAAAAAUUUUUUCUAGUAAUACCAUCUUCAUAUAUGUAUUUCAGCUAGGAAAACAAAUAAUAUUGCUGUGACUUGACAAUUAAUCAAAAGAAAUACAGUAGACAUUGAACUAAAAAAAAUGAAGGAAAAAAACAAAACCUUUUUUACACCAGUAGAUCACUACUAAAAAUUAAUAUUGUACUGGGUAACUAUUAAAAAAGUGGAUGGGUAAAAAAAAAUUUUUUUCUUCUUCUUCUAGGUACUGCCUGGAAAUUAAUAUUGUAACCCAGUUCAGUGUUGUCUGAAAUAAGAGUGCAAUAUUAUUUACAGUUAUGUCAUCAUGUUAUGUCAUACAAUGCUUAUCUUUCAAUAUUGUUUUGUGAUGAUAUUCCUCUGUAACCAAUGGCUUUAGGUAGAUGUAUUUUUUUCUUAAAUUUUUUUUUUCUCUUUAUUUAAUUUAAUAAAUUACUCUCAUAGAAAAUAUUAUACAGUAUAGUCUUUUUAAAAAAUUAAUUAUGUAUUCAUAAAAAAGUUAAGAGUUGCAAUGAAUGUAAUCAUUGUACACUGCCACCCAUGGGAAGAACAUUACCCUGAUCAUAAUGUCAGAAGGACUAUGAAGCAAAAUAGGUUAUUAGCAUUACUUUUGUUUGAAAUACAACCAAAUAUAAUCUUGAGUUUUCUACAUAGAGAUGUGUGAUUGUAAUUUGGUUAAAUCUGUGAAUCUAGAACAAUCAUUUAAAUCAAUUUUCUACUUACUAUGCAGUGCCAUUUCAAAGUUUUUAGGUAUUAACACAUAUCAUUGGUUUUGUUUUUUGUUUUAAUUUUUUUUCUGCUUAUUAUAAUGUACAAUAUAAAACUUCAUGUUCCCACCAAUCUUCCAGCUAAAAGUUUUGUUUUUUGUUCCUUUUGAUUAAAUAUAGAAAUACAAAACUAACUAAAUAAAAAGAAUUAAAGAAUGUAUUUUAACAUGUUUGUACUAGCUCCACCCAGUACAGGAACAGACUAAUGUUCUGUAAAAUAUCCAGUCUCAUCUGAUUUAUAUCUGUUAUAUGAAAUAAUUAUUUUCUUUUUAUUAUAUUACAGGUAUAUACUGUAAUGCAUUCUGUUGCCUGUGAUAAAUGUGUUAAUCAGAUUGAUGCUUAUAGUUAGGUAUCAUUUUUGUAUUAAUUAUCAAGCAUCAGGUAUGUUGGUUGUCAAUCUAUGUUCCCUGACCUCAUAUGAAAUAGCUUAGGUCUUUUUAAGUCCUGCAUCAAAGUACUUUUCAGGUGGUUGAGAGUCAUACAUUUCUAUAUGUAUAAAACUUUAAUACCACAAUAUGAUAAAACAUAACACAGUUAUUUGUUUUGCUCUCAACUUUUAUUUAUUUAUAAGUAGUAUUGUAUAGUAAUAUACAGUAUAAAACUAUUUGAACACUAGUUGUUUUUUCUACGGUACAUUUAAAGUUUUUUAUUGGUGUUUAAAAAAAACAACUAUUUCAAGAUUUAGUUCAGUUUUUUCUCAUUUACUUCCAAUGGCUGAUAGUUUCUCUUUUCAUAUCAUUCAUGCUAAAUUAGGCUCUUGAGAUGUUGUUAUUAAUAAGUUGUUACUGUUUUUUUAAUUUUUACUGAAGUAUGUUACUUAAAAAUUUUUUUAAUGAAAAUGUCAUAUUUUCUUUACUGAGCAAAAUUUGUUUACGAUAAUUUUGCAAAAGUCCUGACUGAGAUCUGUAUUUGUUAAUGGGGUUUUCAUUCAGUUAUAUUGGCGUUAGUUAAUUCCAACUUUUGUUUAUUUUGAAAAUUAUUUCAGCUUGCCACUUAGAAAGUGUUCAUGUAAAGUGUAAUCUAUAAAAAACCUUGAAUCUCUAUGAAUUCGGUACAUUUAUUACAAGCAUGGCUAACUAGUUGUUACUAGACAAAAAGUAGAGACAUGCAGUAUGAUUUGUUUUGGAUGGUUGCCUGGCCAUGUAUUAUGCACUUGGACUGUCGUCACAUUAGUCCAAAGUUCUAAUGAAUGACUAACUCUUGCUUAUCAAGACAGAAGAAAACCAACAUUUUUAGACCAAUGCCUCUUAGUUGUACCAGAUGUGACAAAAUUAUGUUCAAGUGUAAGUUGUAUGACUUCAAAAAUCAUUUCAGUAAUUUAUUAUUGAUUUUAGCACUGUAUAUAGGUCAGUUUGUUUGGACUUAUAAAGUAAAUUUAAAAUGAAUAUUAUGAAUCUUUGAUGCUUAAAAAUAUGUAUACUAGAACAUAGUUUUGUUUAGUUUCAUAUUACAUAAAUUAAGAUAUUGAAUGAAAUUCAUUUAUGUUGUAUUUCAAUUCAUUCCAGACAAAAACUUACAGAAUUAUAAUUUAUUUUUCAUUUAAAUUUCCAUGAACUAAUAUAUGUAUUUCUAUGGAUAUAUAUAUAUAUAUAUAUCCAAAGAAAUAUUACUAAUGUUUUUAUUUCGUACUGUAUUUCUGUAAAUAAUUCCUUUGUUGUGAGCUCAUACUAUUUGAUUUAUUAUCUUACCUUGGUUUACUGAGAUAUACAAUUUGAAAAUAACUUAUGUACUUGGGAGCAUAUGUUUAAUUUUCUCUUUACUAAUUUAAAUAUUGUCUAUAUUCCAUACAAAAAUGUUACCAAUUUGAUAUUGAUGCUAGAAUUAUAGAUAAAAUGAUGAUAGAAUUUUUUUGAUUAUUUUAAAAUUUCUAUUUGAAAACAAAAACAACAUAUUUGAACAAUCAAAGGUAAACAUUUUGUUGUCAAAGAAAAGAGUACUCAGGUUGGUGAAGGAAAACAAAACAAAGCUCAGGUUGAAAAUACUUUGUGAAACUAUUUAAUAUACUAAAAUUGUCAAAAAGUUGGAACAUUUUUGUCAUUUUAUUGUGAGUAUAAAUAUACUACACAUUUUUUCUGAUAUUGUCUUUGGUGAAUUUUCUGUGAUGUAGGUAUAAUAAAAUUAUUGAAGACAU